UUAUACUAAUACUGAACUUAGCUGUAAUUGUAGAUGGUGAAACUUGCUAUAGAUGUGUCGUCAAUUCUUGAUAACCUAUAUAACAUGCGAUUGUAGUCGUUUUCGCGGUCAUGAGAUUAAAGACCGACUGUCUAAAAUAAUGAAAAAUAUCAAUGACAAUUAAAGUUAGAUAUCGGUCGUAUGGAACGCGGUUGAGCUGAGUGAUAAAAAAAUAAGUAAAUAAAUGAAUUAGUGCAAAAGACUAAUGUGAUUUCUUAAGGGAAAGUGUGUGUGCGAGGGUGCAGUCGUUUUUAUGUUGUGGUGAUACUUUUUGGGUUUAUAAGAUGGAAACUUUAACCAUUUUUUUAAUGUUCUUUGUUCUGAACAGUGACGGUUACAAAAUACUGGGAAUAUUUCCCCACAGUGCGCGUAGUCACCAUAUAUACUUUACGGCGCUAGCUGAAGAAUUAGCUAGAAGACAACACGAUGUUACAGUGAUCAAUUACCACCCUAUGCAGACAAUACCAAAGUUACGUCAAAUUUCACUUCAAGACAAAGAAAAUGCGAGUGCUACCGUUGAUAUCGAGAAACGUCUGAGUUUCCUUUCAGUUUCUGAUAUAUCUACUGCAUAUGCCACGGCUCAGGUGUUUAAAAAUAUAGCGAAUACAAACUGCAGAAAACUAGUGAAACAUCCAGAGGUCCAAGAUUUAAUUGAGUCACGUGAACAUUUCGAUCUGGUAAUCGUAGAACAGUUUGUGACGGACUGUGGUUUCGCUGUAGCUUACAAGUUGAAUGCCCCCACGAUAGGCAUUGCUGCUCACAUUUUAAGCCCGUGGACCUAUUCAAGAUUAGGUGCACCAAACAACCCCGCUUUUGUACCAAAUCAUUUCUUUGGGUCUGGCACGAAACCUAACUUAUUUAACAAAAUAAAAAGUAUUGUUAUAAACUUGGGGAUGAAUUAUUACUAUGAGCACGUGAUACAGAAAAGUGACCAGGAAAUCGUUAACGAAGUGUACCCAGAUACGCCACCUCUGGAAGAUCUUGGAAAGAACAUGUCUUUAAUAUUAAUAAAUCAGUAUUUUCCUUUGACUAGCCCAAGACUGUACAGCUGUAAUGUUGUAGAGGUUGGGGGUUUACAUGUUAAUCAAAAUGAUUUCAUAGGAGAUCAGAGUUUGCUAAACUUUCUGGAUUCUGCAAAUAAUGGAGUAAUUUAUAUAAGUUUUGGGAGUGUUGCUUCAAAUAUUCCGCGAAGAUUAUCAAAUGAAAUAAUAAAAUUAAUUGAAAGGAGUAAUUUGAAAUUUAUUUGGAAGACGGAUAUCACUGAUUGGGUGCCACCUAGUAACGUAUUUUUUGGGAAGUGGAUGCCACAGGCAGCUGUCUUAUGUCAUCCUAAAGUAAUUGGUUUUAUUUCGCAUUCCGGGAUGUUGAGCACGUCGGAAGCCAUGCAUUGUGGUGUGCCCAUAGUCAGCGUACCACUAUUUGGAGAACAGUUUGCUAACGGACGCUCGGCUGUGGAAAGUGGGAUUGCAGUUCCAGUCGACAUUUUAACAAUCAAUUAUAAGAUUUUAGAAAAGGCUUUAAAAACUAUACUGCUCGAAAAGUUCCAAAGGAAGGCUAAAGAAUUAUCCCAGCUUUGGAAGGACCGGCCCCUAUCCCCCAUGGACACAGCAGUAUUUUGGAUAGAAUAUGUUGCCAGAAAUCAAGGAAAAGCUUACAUGAAGCCACCAACAGUAGAUUUGCCAUUUUAUGAAUAUUUUCUUCUAGACGUAAUUCUUGUUAUAACAUUAUUAAUAACUAUAACAAUUUAUAUUGUAAAAAAGAUUUUAUAUAUUACGUUAUCAAUUUGGAUACAUACACAAAAGAAAAAGAACGAUUAGUGUAACAAAAUGUAUUUAAAAUAAUAGAUAAAAAAAACUUAACACACA